GAGUGGAGCGAGUGCGGGACCGGGAACCGGAGCGGAACCGGAGCGUCCGGAACCGGGAUCGGAGCGUCGGGAACCGGGACCGGAGUUGGAGGAUCGGGAGCGGGGUCGGAGCUCCGCUGUUUGGAUCGGACCGGGAUCGGAGCUCCGGGACUGGGAUCGAAGUGUUGGAAGUGGGAUCGGGAUCCGGACCGGGCUCAUAGGACCGGGACCGGGUCGGAGCGACGCUACUGGGAGCCGGGUCGGGAUCGAAGCACCGAGAGCUGUUGGGAUCGGACCGAGAUCCGAACCGGGACCGGAGCGCUGGGAGUGAGACCGGGAGCGGGAUCCGGACCGGGAGAGGGGUUGGAACAUCGGAACCGGGAUCGGAACCGGGAUCGGAGCUGGGAUCGGAGCGCCGUUAACGGGAUCGGAACCGGGAUCCGGACUGUGAUCGGAGCGCCGUUAACGGAACCGGGAUCCGGGCUGUGAUCGAAGCGCCGUUAACGGAACCGGGAUCCGGGCUGGGACUGAGCUGAGAGCUCUGGGCUCCGGGCUGUUGAACCGGAGCCGGUCGGUGACGGAGCGGCGGCAUUGCUGGCAUUGUUGGCAUCGUUGGCUCCGGGACCCCCCCUCGCUGCCCCCCGCCCCCCGCGGGCGUUGGCCGACGGCUCCGGGAUUCGGCCGUAGCGCCCCAUAGCGGCACCCCAUAGGGCCGCCCCAUAGCGGGACCCCAUAGCGGCACCCCAUAGCACAGCCCCAUAGCGGCACCCCACAGCGGGACCCCAUAGCGGGACCCCAUAGCACAGCCCCACAGCGGCACCCCACAGCGGGACCCCCAUAGCGGCGCCCCAUAGCGGCACCCCAUAUCGCCGCCCCAUAGCGGCACCCCAUAGCGGCAACCCCAUAGCGCCGCCCCAUAGCGGCAACCCCAUAGCGCCGCCCCAUAGUGGGACCCCAUAGCGGCACCCCAUAGCGCCGCCCCAUAGCGGGACCCCAUAGCGGGACCCCAUAGCGCCGUCCCAUAGCGGCACCUCAUAGCGCCGCCCCAUCGCACCGCCCCAUAGCGCCGCGCCAUAGAGGCACCCCCAUAGCGGCACCCUAUAGCACCGCCCCAUAGCGGUGCCCCAUAGCACCGCCCCAUAGCGGCACCCCAUAGCGCCGCCUCGUAGCGGCUCCAGUGCCCAUCUUCGCGGCCACCAAGGUCACCCGGAGCCGCCGCCGGGGCCAUAGAGCUGCCCGAUAAGGGACAACAGGGACAGAACAGCCCCCAGAGACCCCAAAACAGCCCCCAAAGCCCCCGAGGCAACUGCAGAGUCACUGUGAGUCACUGCGGAGUCAUUGAAGCCCCCACGGCCACCAAAGAGCAACUGCAAGGCCAUUAAAGGAACCAAAGACCAAAAGAGAGACGUAAAGGCCACCAAAGGCACCGGGAGAGACACCAAAGGCACCGGGAGAGGCACCAAAGGCACCUAUAGAGCCACCAAAGGCACCUAUAGAGCCACCAGAGCCACCUAUAGAGCCACCAAAGGCAGCUAUAGAGCCACCAAAGGCAGCUAUAGAGCCACCAAAGGCACCUAUAGAGCCACCAAAGGCACCUAUAGAGCCACCAAAGGCAACUCUAGAGCCAACAGAGCCACCUAUAGAGCCACCAAAGCCAUUAAAGGCACUGAAGACCAACUUGAGAGCCAUAAAGGCCACCAAAGACACCUGCAGAGCCACCAGAGACCAACUCAGGAGCCCCCAGGGCCACCAGGACCCGCAGAACCUCCAAGGCCAGCAAAGGCACCCAUAGAAACCACCAAGGCCCCCAAGACCCCCCAUAUCCCCAUAGAUCCCCCGCUGUCGGCCAUGAACUCGUCGUGCUACGAGGACGCGGCGCUGUCGGAGGAGGCGGAGGAGCUGCCGGCGGCCGAGAAGGAGCUGGCGGAGGAUGCGCCGUGGAAGAAGAUCCAGCAGAACACGUUCACGCGCUGGUGCAACGAGCACCUCAAGUGCGUCAACAAGAGCAUCGCCGACCUGCAGCGCGACCUGGGCGACGGGCUGCGGCUCAUCGCGCUGCUCGAGGUGCUGAGCCAGAAGAAGAUGGGCCGCAAACAUCACCCCAGGCCCAACUUCAGGCAGAUGAAGCUCGAGAACGUCUCAGUGGCGCUGGAGUUCCUGGAGAGGGAGAGGAUCAAACUGGUGUCCAUUGACAGCAAGGCCAUAGUGGACGGGAACCUGAAGCUGAUCCUGGGCCUGGUGUGGACGCUGAUCCUGCACUACUCCAUCUCGCUGCCCAUGUGGGAGGAGGAGGAGGAGGGGGCUCGGCAGCAGACCCCCAAGCAGCGGCUCUUGGGGUGGGUUCAGCUGCGCGUCCCACAGCUGCGAAUCACCAACUUCAGCCGCGACUGGAACGACGGGAGGGCGCUCGGGGCGCUCGUGGACAACUGUGCUCCUGGGCUGUGCCCCGACUGGCAGAGCUGGGAUCCAUCGCAGCCGGUGCAGAACGCGCGUGAGGCCAUGCAGCAGGCGGACGACUGGCUGGGGGUCCCGCAGGUGGGAUGGGGGGGGCUGUCAGUGUGUCCGUCAGUGUGACAGGCGGUGUGUCGGUGUGUGUUGGUGUG